AUAGCUCUAGGGGCACAAGUGGUUUUUGUCCACAUGGAUGAAUUGUAUAGUGGUGAACUCUGGGCUUUAAGUGUCCCCAUAACCCGAAUAGUGUACAUUGUACCCAAUAGGUAAUUUUUAACACCCCCUCCCCCUUUCUGAGUCUUCAGUGUCCGUCAUACCACUCCACAUGCAUUUGUCUUUCCAUAGCUUCGCUCCUACUCAUAAGUGAGAACAUCCAGUAUUUGGUUUUCCAUUUCUACCACAAAAUCUUCCAUUGUAUAGCAAUACAGUUUUAAAUGAUUGACAGAGAAUGAGGACACAACAGAGGUAAAUGUGGGAAACAGAAAGCCAGGGGAGAAAUCCUGCUUCUGGGAUCCAGAAAGAUAAACCUCUUUUUCUCUAAAGGUUAGAAACAUGGCAAGAGUGCUUUGAGAGCCUUCUCUCUGGGGGAUUACUAUGGAGAAUGCUUUUUACCAAAUCAAGCAUAUUAAAGCCAAAAUCAAUUUUAUAUGCCAGACAAUUAUUUUCAUAAAUAUCACUGUAAAGUUUCUAAUGUUACAGCAGUACUUAGAACAUUAUAUUAACUGAAUGUGUGUGUGUGUGCGCAUGUGUGUGUGUGUGUGUAUUUUUCAUGCUUGUGGCAUGUAUCAGUGGUUUUCAUCUUUUUUGGGGUGUGUGGUAAUCUCAAGUUGCCCACUGUAUGUUUUCACUUGAUUUCUGUUGAUACCUCCAACUUAACCUGCUUAAAUAUCCACAGACUUUCCUAAUUCCCUUUAUUUGCUCCCUCUCUCCCUCCCUCAUCCAGCCUAGGCAGCCAGUCAUUCCAUUUCCUUAAUCCUUCCUUUGUUAUUUCUCUCACAUUCAUGUCUCUUUUCAUUUUUAUGGUGAUCCUUUAUUCAGACCUUGAUUAUCUUGUGCUUAUGUCACACACACGCAAAUUAGUCUUCCUUUUCAGAAUACAAAGUCUUCAAGGGUAGGUAGUGCAGAGACUGGAUAGAGGAAUGAUUUUCUUGCAUGCCAAAUGAGGCCAAUCAUGGCAAGGUCAGACCAGGAUAGGUGAGCUAUGUUUGGGCAGAGUGGGGCAGAGGAAUUUGGGCUCUAAUCCCCACCUCUUGGAAAUUGGAGAUGGGAGUGGAAACGCUUAGUUCCUAGCAGGAUGAGGUGGGUCAGAGGAGCAUAUCAGGGAUUGAGGGUGGAAUUCCUACUCUGCAGGUCAGAGUAGGGUCAGUCCCUCUAGAUUCUGUGCCCUCCCUUCUGGCUAAACACUUAUUUUCAUUUAUUUGUGGCUAGAGAGAGUACUAAAGAGACAGUAAAAGUUUGUUAAGGACAGAUGUUAUACCUUUUCUUAUAACUUAUAUGAGUAACACAGUGUUUUAUAGGUGAUUUAUAUUGCUGUUAUUAGAGACAAUAAUCUUUAUUUCAGUGUUAAAUCUUUCAGGUUUUUUGGACUCCCUUUAGAACUGUUUAUUUAUGAGAUUAUUCAUGUUUCCUGGAGUCAAAUUACAUACUGUAGAGUUUGUAGGACUUCCUCUGCUCAGAAAGGAUACUAUAUUCAGGAAGCAAUGGGUCCUAAAAUUGACUUUGAAACACUCAACAAUUUGCCAGUGACAAUAUUAUAUAUCAUCUUUUUCAAGUUUGUGUUUGAUGACAUAAUUUUUGACUUAUUUUUCUCAGGAUUCAAAACAGAAAAAUUUUCACUUAUUUAGCCAUGAAGCAAAGGCCUUUACUUCUUAAGAUCAUCUCUAAAUUUCCCAUGUUAAUGUCCCUCAUAAUCUUGUCAAGUGCUAUUAUUUUAUGGUAUUUUAAUUGAGGUAAAUGUUCCCAGAGACUUCUCACCAAUAAUAAUUCGAACCUUAAUACUGAGGAUGUUUAGCAGUCCUUGUGUUUUCAAAACUAGAAGACUUUGCCGGAGAAAAUGUUCAAAUAAAAAAAUUUCAACUUCUGCUUCAAAUAACCUAUUUUGUUACAAAUAAGUGCCUCUGAAAAAUCUCUUAAUACUUUUCUGUUAGCUGCUUAUCUGUUAGUCUGCUGAGACUAGAUAUUCAAAUAUCCCCAAAGCCAGAGUAUAUGCAAGUUCACUUUCAUCUCACUUGUCAUAGGAAUUUAAACAUUAAGCCUCAAAGUAUGACACCCUAUGUUUCUUUUCAAAAACAACAACAAACAACCAUAUUGUGAUUACUAGAUGAGAUAAAAUUUGUAAUAACAGAAUCAAAAAGUCAACCCUAACUUUUCAGCACUUGAACUCCCAAUCAUCCCCACUAAAAGCCUCUUCGUUGUUAACCUUGAAUCAUAAGAAUCACUGAUCAUCAAGUGAGCACCCAGGAGAUGUGACUAUGAGCUCCAGCUUGGUAAAUAAUUUGCAGGAUGUUUUUGGGCAAGUCAUUUAAUCUCUCUGAUUCUUAAUCUACUCACUUAAAAAUGAGGGGUCUGGAGUAUCAGAUGAUUUCUAAAUUUCUUCCUACUCAAAGUCUAUUAUUCUAAUCCCAAAGAAGAAAUCAAGUCCUUCUCAAUACAUCCCAAAUUGGAUAUUCUGGAUAAGAAAUUUCGAAACCAAGUCACGCAGAGUAUGUGAGGGCUAAGAAGUCUAGUUUGAGGAAGGGUAAACAUAAUGUAUGAAAAAAAAAGUCUUAGACGAAAGCAGGCAGGGUGAAAGAAGGGGCUGAAGGGUCCCUCCAUCAACUGAGGCAGAGGGAGCACCUGACAGCAAUGCCGACCACACCGGGAAGGCUGGAGGAAGCGCCCUGGGCAGGGACUUCCGGUUGCGGGGAAGGGCUCCAUCCCUUCCUAGGGGCGUGAUGCACGCGGCUCCUCGUCGCGUCCCGGCAUGCGCCCCCCCACCGCCCAGCUCCGCGCGGGUUCCAGACGCCCAAAUCCGGCGCGGCCUCGCAGACAGAAGGUGGUGACAAACCGUGACGCCUCAAUGGUUGCCUGGGCGCUAUGGGGGAUUCGGAGCCAGGUGGCUGCGGGCGGGGCGUCGCACCUCUCUUGGACGCACCUGCUCUCAGGAGCCGCGGCUGCAACUGCGCCUCAGACGGCCUUCGGGGCCGAGAACCAUGAGCCCCGGGGGCACGGGCUGCCCCGUUGGGCUGCUGCUGACAGUAGGCUGGCUGCUCCUGGCGGGCCUCCAGUCCGCGAGAGGGACCAACGUCACCGCCGCGGUCCAGGAUGGCGGCCUAGCUCGCGAAGGCCCGGGCGAGGGCGAGGAGGAGACGGAAAACAACGACAGCGAGACCGCGGAGAACGACGCCCCACCCGAAACCGAGGACGAUGUUUCAAAUAGGAACGUAGUCAAAGAAGUAGAAUUUGGAAUGUGCACCGUUACAUGUGGUAUUGGCAUUAGAGAAGUUUUAUUAACAAAUGGAUGCCCUGGUGGUGAAUCCAAGUGUAUUGUACGGGUAGAAGAAUGCCAUGGACCAAUAGAUUGUGGCUGGGGUAAGCCAAUUUUAGAAAGUCUUGGAAGUGUUACACUGGCAUGUAUUCACACAUCUCCUGCAAAUCGUUUCAAAUAUAUGUGGAAACUUCUAAGGCCAGACCAACAAUCUAUUGUACUUGAAAAUGAUUCGGCAAUCCUAGAAGUACGCCGGGAAAAUCACCCCUUGGCUUUCGAGUGUGACACAUUGGAUAAUAAUGAAAUAGUAGCAACUAUUAAAUUCACAGUCUAUACGAGUAAUGAAUUGCAGAUGAGAAGAUCAAGCCGACCAGACACUGAUGCAAUCUUAGUUUUCGUACUGACCAUAGGAGUCGUUAUCUGUGUAUUUGUAAUCUUUAUAUUGAUCUUCAUAAUUGUAAAUUGGGAAGCAGUCAAGUCUUUCUGGGGGGCAAAAAUCUUAACGCCUGAGGUACAAUCCGAGCAGAGUUCUGUGAGAUACAAAGAUUCAACUUCUCUUGACCAAUCACCAACAGAAAUGCCUGGUGAAGAUGAUGCUUUAAGUGAAUGGAAUGAGUGAUGUAUGAAUGAUAUAUAACAAACCAAAGGAUAUUACAGAAUAUUAGAUUCGUUAUUAUAAAAAUAAAAUAUAUAUUGAAAUACUUUAA